GCCUCACCACAGUCCUGACAGAAAGAACUCAGAGUCACCCCUGGGAAAAGAACUCUAAAGAUGAAAUGUAAAUUCCUGGGUAGCUUCUUUCUGCUCUUCAGCCUUUCCGGCAAAGGGGCGGACUGCAGAGACAAUGAGACCAUCUGGGGUGUCUUGGGUCAUGGCAUCACCCUGAACAUCCCCAACUUUCAAAUGACUGAUGAUAUUGAUGAGGUGCGAUGGGUAAGGAGGGGCACCCUGGUCGCAGAGUUUAAAAGGAAGAAGCCACCUUUUUUGAUAUCAGAAACGUAUGAGGUCUUAGCAAACGGAUCCCUGAAGAUAAAGAAGCCGAUGAUGAGAAACGACAGUGGCACCUAUAAUGUAAUGGUGUAUGGCACAAAUGGGAUGACUAGGCUGGAGAAGGACCUGGACGUGAGGAUUCUGGAGAGGGUCUCAAAGCCCAUGAUCCACUGGGAAUGCCCCAACACAACCCUGACCUGUGCGGUCUUGCAAGGGACAGAUUUUGAACUGAAGCUGUAUCAAGGGGAAACACUACUCAAUAGUCUCCCCCAGAAGAACAUGAGUUACCAGUGGACCAACCUGAACGCACCAUUCAAGUGUGAGGCGAUAAACCCGGUCAGCAAGGAGUCUAAGAUGGAAGUUGUUAACUGUCCAGAGAAAGGUCUGUCCUUCUAUGUCACAGUGGGGGUCGGUGCAGGAGGACUCCUCUUGGUGCUCUUGGUGGCGCUUUUUAUUUUCUGUAUCUGCAAGAGGAGAAAACGGAACAGGAGGAGAAAAGAUGAAGAGCUGGAAAUAAAAGCUUCCAGAACAAGCACUGUGGAAAGGGGCCCCAAGCCGCACUCAACCCCAGCCGCAGCAGCGCAGAAUUCAGUGGCGCUCCAAGCUCCUCCUCCACCUGGCCAUCACCUCCAGACACCUGGCCAUCGUCCCUUGCCUCCAGGCCACCGUACCCGUGAGCACCAGCAGAAGAAGAGACCUCCUCCAUCAGGCACACAGAUUCACCAGCAGAAAGGCCCUCCUUUACCCAGACCCCGAGUUCAGCCAAAACCUCCCUGUGGGAGUGGAGAUGGUGUUUCACUGCCGCCCCCUAAUUAAGAAGGCAGAGUUCGUCAUUUCCAAUAAAAAGCUGUGUGGAUUUAUCUUC